GGGAAACGUCAGAAAAGAUGGCGUCUGUUUAGGCUGGUCAUCCGCGGCCCCAUCUGCGUUCAUUUAGCCUUUGCCACUGACGGGGCUCACCCUAGUGACUCGUUCGCCUACACAUAAAAGAGACGGGAUUCGAUUUUACCUUGACUAGCGAAACGUGCGAGCUUUGCUUGAGAGCUAAUUGUGUUUUUUUAAAUUAUGACCAGGGUAUUUGGUCAUGUCCAGACUUUGAAUUUUCACGAAUAAUGAGGAACCCUCAGAAAGGGGCGGCUGAGGUUACAGAAGACUAGUUUGUUCAGGUGUUUUUGAUUCCAGUAACAACCUCCAGACGGAGUUGUCUUUUUUGUUUGCUCCCCGGUCCCCUGCCCCUGCGCCCUUAUCUUCUGUUAUUUAUAAAUUCUUCUCGAUAACUAACCGUCAUUAAUUACUACCGUUUUUAUUCUUCUUUUGGAAGGGAAGCUAAGCUUUGGAGUUGUAUAUUGCACGUUCUUUUAUUUAUUUUUUUUGAAAAUUGACGUGUCUUCAUGUCGGACAAUCAGAGUUGGAAUUCUUCGGGCUCCGAGGAGGAUUUGGAGACGGAGUCCGGGCCGCCUGUUGAGCUAUGCGGGGUUCUCAGUAAGUGGACCAAUUAUAUUCAUGGAUGGCAGGAUCGAUGGGUUGUUUUGAAAAACAACACUUUAAGUUACUACAAGUCCGAAGAUGAAAGAGAGUAUGGGUGCAGGGGAUCUAUUUGUCUCAGCAAAGCUGUCAUAACGCCUCAUGAAUUUGAUGAAUGUCGAUUUGAUAUCAGUGUAAAUGACAGUGUGUGGUAUCUACGAGCACAAGAUCCUGACCACAGACAACAAUGGAUAGAUUCUAUUGAGCAACAUAAGGCAGAGUCUGGCUAUGGGUCGGAGUCCAGUUUGCGUCGUCAUGGUUCCAUGCUGUCUCUCACUUCAGCAGCAAGCAAUUACUCUGCUACUUCUACAUCAUCCUUCAAAAAGGGACACAGUUUACGAGAGAAACUUGCUGAAAUGGAGACCUUCAGAGACAUUUUAUGUCGACAAGUAGAUACUCUGCAAAAAUACUUUGAUGCCUGUGCUGAUGCUGUUUCCAAAGAUGAGCUCCAGAGGGACAAAGUUGUGGAAGAUGAUGAAGAUGAUUUUCCUACUUCUCGACCUGAUGGGGAUUUUUUACACAAUAACAAUGGCAGCAAAGAAAAGUUAUUCCCCUGUGUGACUCCAAAAGGAAUAAAUGGGAUUGACUUUAAAGGAGAAGCUAUAACUUUCAAGGCCACCACAGCUGGAAUAUUGGCAACUCUCUCACAUUGUAUUGAUCUAAUGGUUAAGCGUGAGGAUAGCUGGCAAAAAAGACUUGAUAAGGAAAUGGAAAAAAGAAGAAGAGUUGAAGAUGCUUUUAAGACUGCAGUGGCAGAGCUCAAGAAGAAAUCUCAUUUUGGUGGGCCAGAUUAUGAGGAGGGUCCAAACAGCCUUAUUAAUGAAGAUGAAUUUUUUGAUGCAGUUGAAGCUGCUCUCGACAGACAAGACAAAAUUGAAGAACAGACCCAUUCUGAAAAGUGCAGAAUACACAGACCCACAGCAGUGCCUUCUGAUGAUGCAUAUUCAGUGGUUGGUACGCACAGAUUUGCACAACAGCCCUAUAGUCGUUCUCCCUCCAUGUCUUCCAUUGAUCUAGUCAGUGCCUCUGAUGAUGUUCACAGAUUCAGCUCAAAGGUGGAAGAAAUGGUACAGAAUCACAUGACAUACUCCCUGCAAGAUGUUGGAGGCGAUGCCAAUUGGCAACUUGUUGUGGAAGAAGGAGAAAUGAAGGUUUAUAGAAGAGAAGUGGAAGAAAAUGGCAUUGUUCUUGACCCUUUAAAAGCAACUCACAUAGUCAAAGGGGUGACGGGUCAUGAGGUCUGCCACUAUUUUUGGAAUGUGGAGGUUCGCAAUGACUGGGAAACAACUGUUGAAAAUUUCAAUGUGGUAGAAACGUUAGCAGAUAAUGCAGUCAUCAUUUAUCAGACGCACAAGAGAGUUUGGCCUGCCUCUCAGAGGGAUGUGCUGUAUUUAUCAGCAAUACGUAAAAUCCUGGCUAACAAUGAAAAUGACCCUGACACAUGGAUUGUUUGUAAUUUUUCUGUAGACCAUGACAGUGCUCCUCUUACUAACAGAUGUGUGCGUGCCAAAAUAAACAUCGCCAUGAUAUGUCAGACACUUGUAAGUCCACCUGAGGGUAACAAAGAGAUCAGUAGAGAUAAUAUCUUGUGCAAGAUCACUUACGUUGCUAAUGUGAAUCCAGGUGGAUGGGCACCAGCAUCAGUUUUGAGAGCUGUAGCCAAGAGGGAGUAUCCUAAAUUCCUUAAACGAUUUACAACAUACGUACAGGAAAAGACCUCUGGGAAGCCUAUUCUUUUCUAACAGCACAAGAAUUUUACAUUGGUUUGCUGCCAAGUCUUCUACGCUUUGCUCAAGUGGUUUAAAAUAAGACUGUGCAACCAUUCCAUUCCAAGUGAGUUGGGCAGAAGAACUGUGUGGGAUCCAAGUCAAGACAUUUUCUGAUCUUCAGUACUGGCAUCUGCAAAGUAAUACUAGAUGGGAAACAAAUCACCUUGAGGCCAGAUUAUCCAACACUACCUGUGCACCGCUAAAACUUCUUGCUGUAUCAAUGUGUCAAUUGGGGGGAGGGGGGGGAAUACAAAUAUUGUUGUAAUUUAUAUUGCUCUAGUGACAAAUGUAUACAUUAAGAAUUUUAAUUUACUGGUUGAAUGGCUUUAAUAAGCAAGUUAUGUUAAUACUCUAGACCUACAAUAAUAGCCAACUACCACAUUUUUGCAAAAUUAUGGAUUUGUAAUAUACAAGGAUUCUAGUUCUACACAUUGUUCAUCAACUUUAAAAUGCCCGUGUUGCACCGUGUCUAACAAUAUUCAUGACGAAUAUGCAAAAGAGAGUACAUCUGCAAAAUUAAAGUCAAUUGUAGAAAACAGAAAGUGCUGCAGUGGAACAAAAUAAUAUAUAGUUUGUUUUGAGAACUGACAAUAUUGGUGGCACUGUGCACUGAAGAUUUGUUUCUGGAAAAAAAAAAAUAAAUUCAGGAGUAGAUAAAGCAUCCUGACGGAAAAGAAUUGUCAAUACUGCUGUAAAUUCUUUCAUUUAGAAUUUCUAGUUAACACACCCAUUUCCCAUCUCUAUUUACUUUCAUUUUGCAGCCAGGGGAAGCAUUAUAACUAAUUCCAGUGUUCAGAAUUCAACAGGGUGAAGGGACACAUUUGAGGAUCAGAAGUAAGGCAACUGCUGCUGUAAGAUGAAACCAUGGAGAGUGAAGGAGGGUUAAUUUGAUAGAAUAUAACCAAACUGAGAGGCUGUAUCUCGAGAUUAGUUGUCUUAUUUGCAUAUUCUCAAUAAAAAGAAUAGUGAUGUCACAUUUUAAUGUAAUCAGUUUUAAAGAAACUGCAAUUUUUUCUGUGUAAUAGUUUUACUUAAAAUAAGUAUUGGGGGGGGGGCUUUUUAAGACAACUGUUUUUGUGAUUUGGCCCAAUCUGUAAAUUACUGGCUACUCAUAUUGAUGAAAGUAGAUAUGGGAAAUGUUAAUUUUCUACCUUUCCUCUCCAACUUUUAUCAUAUUAACAAGAAAAGUAGCAUUGGCAUAAGGCAAAAUGUAAUCGCAUUCCUUUACCUUGUCAUUGAAACUAUUGCUGCAUAUUUGCCGAAGUGUAAAUGUGUUUUUGGCCCCAAUGCAUUGUUUAUUUAGUAAAUGAGCAAUACUAGAACAUCAGUUAGUUAAAUGGUUAUUCUGAUACACAUUUACAGGUUGUGUGAUCUGUAGGAGAAAAGCUUUACUGUUGGAAAUGUAAAGCAGAACAUGCUUCCAUGCAAGUAGCAGUGUCAAUCUUAUGUUGUUUUGAAACUAAAAAGAAAUGUACAUGCAGUUUCGACUUCAGCUGAAGCAAUUCUGUUUUAAUAUAUUGUUUGGUAUUCUGUAAACUAAAAGGCUGCUGUAUUCUGGGAAAUAAAUGUGGCUGGGAAUGAAAGGCUGGCGUUUUUACAAAAUAAAAACAAUUGUUCUUCGUAAUUAUGCAGAAUGUUAGAUAUGCAUUCUGAAUUCGAAAACAAUACUAACUUUUGAGAACUAAUAAUAAUUUUGUUUAGAAGAGCCAUUACCCAUUUCUGCUAACAUUUCCAGUGUGGCUUUCUGUCCAGUUGUACUUGACAAUGUUCCUAAUGUAAUGAAGUAUAGCCCUGCGAGGGAAUUUCAUUCUGCAGCACUCCUUGGCAUCUGCUCAUAGUCCAAGGCAAAGAUUGUAGUGGAAACUGCAGAUUUUUAUUUUUUUAAAGUUUGUAUUUAGUCCUGUCCACACCAACUUAGUUUAUUCAAUCAUGAUAGUUUCUAAUGACUGCUGCAAGACACUGAAAAUAUAGAACUUCAGCAAUCUAAAUAUCAGACAUUUACAACGGCACAUCAUUUGUACUGCCUAUGAUUCUAUCAUGGUCCUCAUCUCAGUGUUAUUUGCUGCACCGUUCUUUUCUGGUAUUCUGAUUUGUUCACAAUGAAGUGCCUUUUGCCAGUUUUGCACAACACUUACCACCAUAAAGUCAUUAGUCGUAAAGUUGCUUUAGGUUCUCUUUCCUUUUUGGCACUAGUUUGUAAAUAACCUUUCCAGGCUAAUACUGAAGCUUUACUGACAGUCUGUCUAAAUAGUACAUAAUUGGCAUGUAUGUCAGAGCUGAGGACUACAUUCAGAUAUUUCCUUUGGAAAUUACAUUUUUUCAAAGAGAUGAACAUAAGGAAUGUUAAAUUAAUUUUUUGUAAUGCAGAUUUUUGCCUCUUUUUAGUAAAUAUUACCAAACGUUUGGCUUCAAUGAAAUAUGCCUCUGUGUUCUGAAGCCCUUUGUGAAAAUGUUUCAUACUGUUCAUAUGCUAAAUAUUUGAAUGAAUAUUAGAUUUACUAUUCUUGUUUUAAUAAUUUUAGAAGCAGUUUUUUUUAAUGGUCAGUGUGAAUACUUCAUACCAUUACAUAAUGUAACUAUCCUGGCCUGUUUUCUGGCAGCAGCCCUAUAUGAGGCAACAAAUCAAAGUUUGAGUUUCUUUAGUAUCCAGUAAAUCUAUGCUGCAAUGUUUAAGCUAUGAAUGAAGAGUUCUGAGCCGCUAUUCCUGUAUAAGAUCAUUUAAUAACCUGAUGAGAGAGCUGCAACAGUUUUUUUUUUUUUUUAAUUCCCCCGUAAAAAUGUAGAUGAUAUGGGCUGGCACCAAAUACAAAAAUAGUUUUUAUUUUGUAUUGUUAACUGAAUGCAGUGUGUAGAGUAGUUUCACCAAGUCUUUGAGGCGGUAGUUGUGCAGGGCACAGUGUUAGUUCUGAAAAGACUGAACUGCAGCCUGGAGAGCAGUGGCUUUUGCAGGCUUUAUUAUGAGAUGCACUUUGUAACAGUAAUUGAAAGCCAUGAUACGCUUCUCAGGGAUGGUCUGUUAACUGAGCAAGUUGGCAACAUGCUAUUCUAAACUAAAAUCUUCAAAAUGGAAACAAAUAAUCUAUAACAUAAUGGGCAAUAGCACACCACAAUUGGUCAUAUAGAUAAUGAAUGUCUUUCCAAACUCUCACAUUUUAUUAAAAAAAAAAAAAACAGAAAAAAGUACCAUUUCAGGGGACCUUAUAGUAAACAGAUUUUUACUUUAAAUCUGUAUGUUUAGUGUAUGGGAAUGCAAUAUAUUUUAUCUCAGAUCACAAUAAUUAUCUUAAUAUAUAAGCAAGUAUAUUAUUCGAUAGAAAAGGUGUCAUUUCCCUGUAAUGCCAUAGUAAUUUUGCAGUAAAUCUAAGACUGCUGAGAAUCUUGGGUUGUAGGACAGCUGCAGUGAUUAGGUGGAACAGUAAUAUAUAAUGUGAUUGGCUGAAAUAAAAUAGAUGAAAUGAAUCAUGAACACCUGGUUCUAACUGUCUUGUAGAUUGUUCACCGCCAUGUAUGGCGUUAUUUCAGUGCCACUAUUCUGAGCACACAU